UUUUUCUGCUACUUUCAAGUUUCGCCGAACUUCCGUGAAGCUCUCACUCAGAGAACAAGACAACUACACCCAAGAGGAAGAGGAAGGAAGGAAGCAAAGAAGCAAAGCGAUGAAUGGGCGGCCCACCAUCAAUUCGACAAUUAUCCCAGAACCCAUCGAGAAUCCGCCAUGUCAGUCUGAAUGAACCAUGUAGCUUCUCUCACCCCACCAAUGCUUCUAUCCUAAUGAACGGAUUCUCUUUUUGCAUCAGUAACGCCCGCCAAUUUCGCCUGAAGUUGCUUGAUGGUCAGAUCAAUCAGGCCCCCAAUAGUCUUGUUCUUGGAAAUCUGUGGCAAGGAGACGUCGAGACCCAAGUUCCGCCUCAUUCAGUUUCUCAUUCCCUUGGCGAUCACCGAAAUGAUCACUCAUAUGAACUCUUAUGUUCAAUGUGGGUGGAUGGAGAACAUGGCUUCGACAGAUUACAUCGGCCGCACGCUAGGGUCCGCCAUGGGCCUGCUGUUCCCCAGUUCAGCGAUCACGGGGGCAGCAGUUCGCGUUUCCCAAAUAUUGGAGGUUGGUGCUGAACCGGAAUGGGAGUGCGAUCCCAGGACGGUUUGCUGAAAUAUCUCAAGUACGUGCCCCCUCGUCCAAUAACCAGA